AUGAAAGAACCCAUUGCUAUUGUAGGCACUGCCUGCCGUCUUCCGGGCGGCGCCAUCUCCCCUUCAAGGCUCUGGGAGCUUCUCCAGGAUCCUCGCGACGUCCUGAGCAAAUGCAAGCCCGAUCAAUUAAAUAUCACCAACUUUUACCAUCCCAACGGUGACCAUCAUGGCUGCACAGAUGUCCCUAAUCAAUCUUACCUCCUGGAAGGAAACAUCCGCCACUUCGAUGCCUCCUUCUUCAACAUCAGUCCGGCCGAAGCGGACGGGAUGGACCCUCAGCAGCGAAUCCUACUUGAGACGACCUAUGAAGCCAUGGAGGCGGCGGGGUACACGCUGGACCAACUGCGUGGCUCCCCCACAGCCGUCUUCGUCGGCGUGAUGACCUCUGAUUACCAUGAUAUCCAGACGCGCGACCUCGACACAAUCGGCAGAUGGCAUGCCACGGGAACAGCUCCAAGUAUCCUCUCCAACAGAAUCUCAUAUUUCUUUGAUCUGAAGGGUCCAUCAAUGACGAUCAACACCGCAUGCUCAAGUUCACUGGUUGCACUCCACCAGGCGGUCCAGAGCUUACGUAUUGGCGAAGCAACUGUCGCGAUUGUGGCGGGUGUCAACCUCCUAUUGGAUGCUGGCACCUACGUCAGUGAGUCUAAACUCCACAUGCUGUCUCCCACGUCCCGCUGUCGAAUGUGGGAUGCGGAUGCAGACGGCUAUGCGCGUGGGGAGGGAUGCGCGUCGGUCAUUCUGAAGCCUCUGAGUCGGGCUCUGGCUGAUGGCGAUGAUAUCGAAUGCAUUAUCAGGGGCACGGGAGUCAACUGCGAUGGCCGCUCCGCAGGAAUCACGAUGCCGAACCCGGAGGCACAGGCUGCCUUGAUCAAGCGGGUAUAUGAGGAUUGCGACCUAGACCCCGUCCGGGAUCGCUGCCAGUAUUUUGAAUGUCAUGGGACGGGGACACCGGCCGGCGACCCCGUGGAAGCUGAGGCUAUUCAACGCACAUUUUUCCCGGAAGGCACCUCGUUCCCAACUGAGGAGAAGCUCUAUGUGGGAUCGAUAAAAACGACUGUCGGGCAUCUUGAAGGUUGUGCCGGUCUCGCGGGGCUUCUCAAGGCAGUCUUGUCUAUCAAGCAUCGGACCAUCGCUCCGAAUAUGCACUUUGCCAAACUCAACCCAAACAUUCUCCCCUUCUACGAUCAUUUGGAAGUUCCCACCCAAGCUGGUCCGUGGCCAUCUGUGGCAAGCGGAGAUUCAUUGCGUGCCAGCAUCAAUUCAUUCGGCUUUGGAGGAACAAACGCUCACGCCGUCAUCGAGAGUUUUCCAUCUCCCACGCCACCAAAUCAUGUGCCAGGACCCUCUGGGGACGUUGUGGUUGGACCCCUGGUCUUCUCGGCCAUCACACAAAAAUCACUGCUACUGAACGUCAAGAACGCGGCCUCAUUCAUCAAAACCAACCCAUCAUUGGACAUCAAUGACCUCGCAUGGACGCUUAGCACCAAGAGAAGUGCGCUACCCCUCAAAAUCUCCUUCACAGGCUCUACCCGGGAGGAACUCUUAGGUUGCAUGGAUGGAACAGUCCAAGCAGUGGAAGCAAGCCCAGACAUCGACUUCGGUAUACGCACGUGCAGAAGCACAAACGAGGCAGGAAGGAUCUUGGGUGUGUUUACAGGGCAGGGUGCGCAAUGGGCAAGCAUGGGAGUAGACCUCAUUCAAUCAUGCCAGACAUUCUAUGAAUCAAUCCAUCGCUGCGAACAGGCCCUGGCUGGCCUCCCCGAUAGGCCUUCCUGGUCUUUGGUUGAUGAACUUCGAGCUGACAAAAGAUCUUCGAAACUGUCAGACGCCGCGUUGAGUCAACCUCUGACCACUGCUAUUGAAAUUGCAGUCCAUGAUUUACUCAAUGCCGCAGGCGUGCAUCUGGACAUCGUGGUAGGCCAUUCUUCAGGGGAAAUUGCGGCGGCGUAUGCGGCAGGAAUCCUAUCCCUAGACGACGCAAUGAAGAUCGCUUAUUACCGUGGAAUGCAUGCAAAACCGGCAACGUCAUCGCAGCAGAGCGGGGGGAUGAUAGCGGUUAGCAUCUCUUAUGACGAUGCGAGGGCAUUCUGCGCCCAGCCUUCGUUUUCCCAGCGGCUGGUCGUGGCCGCCAGCAAUGCUCCGACUAGUGUGACCUUAUCAGGUGAUCUGGAUGCAAUCUAUGAAGCCAAACGAGCCUUUGAGCAAAAAGGGACGUUCGCCAGGAUUUUGAAGGUGGAUGUCGCGUAUCAUUCGCACCACAUGAGGCCCUCUGCGGAGGCGUAUCUUGCGUCUCUGGAGGCCUGCAAAAUCCAGCUCCGUCAACCAGAGACGGACUGUAUGUGGGUCUCGAGUGUCACGGGCGCCGCAGUCUGUCUGGAUGAUGACACUAUACCCUCCCUUGCUGGGCGGUACUGGGUAGAGAACAUGCUACAACCCGUACUCUUUUCGCAGGCAAUCCAGCAGGCGGUCAAUCGGGUGUCUUUCGAUAUUGGCAUCGAGGUAGGACCGCACCCUGCACUCAAAGGCCCGGUCUUAGAAACAAUAAAGUUGGCGAUUGGCAGUGACAUCCCGUAUUUGUCUAUCUUGAAGCGGGGUGUUCCUGACGUAAACGCUGCAUCGUCGGCCAUGGGUUGCUUGUGGCAGCAUCUGGGUCCUGGCGCAGUCAACCUUGGGGGAUACCAUCGCGCUUUCGGUUCCAGGACCCCAAGAUUGCUAAAGGAUCUACCGGGAUACGCAUGGGAUUAUGGCAUGGAAUACGGCAGGGAAUCUCGCGUUUCGCGGCGGUAUCUUCAACAAGGAAUGCGACCACACCCACUCUUGGGCCGCCGAGCACCAGAUGAUUCUGACCUGGAGAUGCGUUGGAGGAAUAUCCUGCAUUUACAAGAACUUCCUUGGCUACAAGGGCUCAAAUACAAGGGCCAGGUCCAAUUUUCGUCGUCGUGCUAUCUUUUGCUCGCGUUCGAGGCAGCCCUUUCUGCAGCUGGGGGACAAUCAGUGGCGCUCGUCGAGAUUGAGGACUUGAGCAUCAAACAGUCAGUAACGCUCGAGGAAGAUGGACCUGGUUUUGAAUGUAUAACUUCGUUGAGAGUCGUGCACGAGAACCACCAGAGGAUUCGAAAGCAAUGUGUUGAGGCCGAUUUCGCCUGUUAUGGAUGUCCCGUAGAUGGCGCAUCACUGGACCGUUUAUGUACCUCGAGAGUGAUUCUUCACUUCGGGCCCCCCUCCGUAAACGAGCUGCCAGGAAAACCACCCAACCGCCGAGACCUCGUCCCUGUAGAAGUCGAGACCAUGUACGGAGUGUUCCAGCGGCUGGGCCUCAACUACAAUGGACCAUUCCGUGAAAUCGAUGCGUUAAGACGAACACAGGAUUACGCCACGGCGUCUGCUUGCUGGUCUGAUGAAGCUCCAUUGGCAGAGUAUAUAUGGCAUGCGGCAACGUUUGAGAUUGCCUCGCAGGUUCUCCUAGCCGCGUUCGCUUCGCCGUUGAGUGAUAUAUUGCGGACUGGCUAUCUACCCGUCGGGGUCCGUCGAGUCGCCCUAAACCCGCAUCUGUCGCCUCAAAGUGUCCCAAAAGACGCCAGAUUUUACCUUCAUGCGACUGUGACCGCGUCCUGUGCGAGUCACAUCGAGGGCAACGUUUCUUUUUACAAUGCCGACGGACACUCCCUGUUUCAAAUCGAGGGUCUGACGCUCAACACCAUUGAAAAACCAAGUCCUGCAAACGACCGCAGACCUUUUUCUCAUGUCGUUUGGGAACCUGAUGCAUUCUUCUGUCCUGUACCACUGGACGCAUGCUUGGGUGAGGAAAUUACUGAGCUAAUGGCUGUUUUGGAGAGAACAGCCCUGUUUUAUUGCCAGAGAACUCUGGAUGAGAUUGACAUAUCCGAAGCAUCCGGAUUCGAUUCCCACCAGAGGCUUCUCUAUGAUGAGAUCCUACGAGUGGUCGACGCUGUCGAAAGCCACCAGCAUCCUAGCGCCAAUCCCGGCUGGCUCGAUGAUACCAAGGACACCAUCUUGGAUUUGUACCACCGCUUCCCCAGGCAGCCUGAGCUUGACGCGCUGCAUGCAGUUAGUAAGUCGUUGCCAGCAAUUCUACGUCGUGAGGCAGAUCAGGUCAAGUUACUUACAGAGCACGAGAUACUUGGCCGUGCAUAUCACGAGGGAGCCAUCUUUGCUCCCAUGCAUAAAACCCUCUGCAAAAUUAUCAAACGUAUCCACCAUAAACAUCCACAUAUGAACAUAUUCGAGAUCGGGUCAGCGAGCAAGGCAUCCACCACUCUCGGGGUAUUGAAUGUCAUCGGUGGCGCAUACGCCUCAUACUGCUUUACUGACAAGUCCAAAGAACUAGUCGAACAAGCAGCUUACAAAAUGAGAGAUUUUUCGGAGAAUAUGGCGUUCAGAGUUGUGGAUGUCGAAAAGAACCUGGCCAAUCAAGACUGUGAGACCGGAAAGUACGACCUCGUCAUCGCCGCUCAUGGGCUUCAUGCGACGAAUGAUCUUUCCGAAGUACUGCACAAUAUCCGUACAUUGUUAAAGCCAGGUGGCUAUCUUGUCCUUCUGGCGGCGACAGGUUUCCUGACCGGACCCGGUCUUUCUCUUGAGGAAUGGGACAAAUGUUUACGUUCCGCCGGACUCUCGGGCGUAGAUGGCGUUAUCCAUCAUUUGCCAGAUGCAACGAAAAGUUGCUUAUCUGUGCUUGUCUCACAAGCGUCUGAUGACACGGUGAUGAUGCUUCGGGAGCCAGCGAUGUUAAUGAAAUUGGUGCCCAUUUCCAAACCGGUCUUGAUCAUCGGGGGCAAUACCUUAUCCGUGUCUCGCCUCGUACAACAGAUCGAAAGAGCGUUGGCCGCGUCAAGCAUCACUGCUCAAGUCGUUGAAAGCCUCACUUGUCUGGAUGCUGUGCAUCUCCAGGAAGCAAUCUCAGUCAUUGUGGCGAUAGAACUCGACAGGCCCAUGCUGUCGGAGUCAGACAUUCUCAUCAAGUCACCAAGCAUACAGGAACUAUUUCAGAAGUCCCGUGAUGUAUUGUGGCUCACAGCUGGACGCCUAUCCGGACAGAAUAAUAUGCCUGGAACGGGAGGCAUACUGUUUUCCGAAUACACCAGAGCCAAUGUCCAAUUACUUGAUGUCGCGGAUGUCAGCUUACUGAAUCCAAAGGUGGUGGUUGAUGCCUUUCUGCGCCUAUCCUGGUCUCAAAAUGGCAAAUUCACGAAGGAGAACAUACUAUGGACUCAUGAGUCACAAGUACAUUAUGACGGAAAGAUAUUACGCAUUCCUCGACUGGUCUUCGAUCAUCAACGGAAUCAACGAUAUAACGCGGGACGCCGACGAAUUACCAGAGAGGUCUACCUUGACGAGGCUCUAGUGGAGUUGAAAGUGGCUUCCUCCGGAGGAUCCGAUACUUUGAUGCUAAAUCAAGCCCCCACUUACUCUCCAGCGGAAGGAAUCCUAUCUGUAAACAUACGAUAUUCCAUUUCCAUCCUCUUCUCAGGUGGACAACAGUACCUCCUGUGGCUUAGUGACAGGCAUGAUGACCAGCCAAACUUGAUGGGCAUCUCGGGCCAAGGCUGUUCGCUUAUUCAGGUGAAGCCGGACGAUGCGGCCUUGAUUGAUGAGGAAGUGACGCCAGACUUAUUGCGCAGAAUAGCUAGCUACAUCGUUGCUCGUACGCUAGCAAUUAGCACACCAUCUAAUGGGACUGUUUUGUUCCAUGAACCGCACAUAGAUCUAGCUGCAGCGAUUCAAACUAGUGCUUAUUGGCAGGGACGACGAUUCUAUUUUACAACAUCGCGCUCUACCCACGCAGGAGGAGCAGGGAUACAACUUCACCCUCGGAUGACGCGUUGCGAUCUUGAAAAGGCCCUGCCGAGCGAUGUGUCCUCUUUCUGUGAUCUUUUCUCUGCUUCCGAGGGUCGACUAGGGGCUACAUUGAGCGACAAAUACCGGAGAAUCAAACUGAAGCUUGAUGUUUUCGAACGUCACCUGGCAUCCUUUAACCCACGGGAGCUGAUCUUGGAGGCUUAUACAGACGCUAAGCAUAGAUUUCAAGAACCGGGGGGUUCACCAAGGGUUAUCUCAAUAGGCGAGCUCAGUGAAUCACGCUCUUCCAUAUGUGCAUACCCUACUGUUGUGGAGUGGACACAAUCAGAGAAGAUAAUAAUUCGGUGUCCGCCUCUUGAUUGCAGCAUUUUAUUCUCGCCGCACGAAACCUACUUGAUGGUCGAAAUGGUAUCACCACUCGGACUUUCCAUUACCCAGUGGAUGGCGCAGCACGGUGCCCGAGUAAUUGUCCUCGCCGGUAGAAGCCGCCCUCGACCCAAUUCGGCAUGGCUAGAGGAGAUGUCGGCCCUAGGAGCCUCCGUGGAGCUUGUCGAAAUGGACGUGCUGCAUCGUCGGUCCGUCACAUCAGCCUGUGCGGAAAUCAGCCGUGUCCUGCCAACUAUCUCUGGAGUCUGCUAUGGAGCCAUGGGAUUGUCUAGCGAGAUAAUGAAUAACAUGGCCAACGACGAUACAGAGGAGAUGCUCAACGCUAAUAUUAAAGGGGCAUCAAAUCUUGACGCAGUUUUCUCAAAGCCCACGCUGCGGUUUUUCAUUCUUCUUUCCACAUUGGACACAGUUGUAGGAGAACCUACACGGCCGAAUGCCCGAGCAGCGAGCUCCUUCAUGUCUGGGCUCGUGCACCAGCGUAGGAUAAGGGGACUAGCCGCCUCAAUGCUAUACAUCGGGAUGGCAAUCGAUAUUGGACCUGCUUCAAGGCGCAAAAGGGAAGAAAUUGCCCUCAUGGCUGAAAGUGGCUACGCUCCACUCACCCAGACGGAUAUACAACACGCAUUUGCCGAAGCGAUCCUUGCCAGCGAUCCAGGCUGUUCUGAGGAUCCUGAGAUCAUUGUCGGACUGAAACCGUUCAAGCGGUUCGUCAAUAACGAGAAGCAUCCAGGACCAAAUCUUGAGCCUCUCCUCUCUCAUUUCAUUGUCCAUGAUGGAGCGCCGCCACAGCCUCAACGGCAACAACAGGAUAUUCCGUCAUCUCUCAGCCUCCGCCAACAAAUCCAAGAUGUUUCAUCACAAGACGAGGCUUUCGAAAUACUCCUGCAGCGCUUUUCGACCAAGGUGGAAUCGAUGCUUCGGCUACACGCCAGCAAGCUGGACAUAGAUAUCCCACUUCUCGACCUCGGGUGUGACUCAGUCCUCGGGCUCGAGAUCCGCAGUUGGUUUCUGGCUGAGAUUGAAAUUGACCUUCCCGCAAUAAGUGCCUUGCAUGGUACCGUGGCUGAGCUUUGCAAAGACGCUGUCUCGAUAUUCUGGGAGAAGAACUCGAGAGAACGCCUUCGCGAGGAAACGGAAAACAUGUCAACAUCGACCACGGAGUCAACACUGGGCCUCGGCGACAACAGUAGCAGUUCUGAUCCAGCAAUGGCGUCCAUAGCCACACUUUCGGCUUCUCCUCCGAUAACUCCCAGUGUUGAGCUAUCGGCUGGAUCGAAACCGGCUGUGCCAGUGGCUAGGCAGUUCCAACGCGUGGAGCACGUGUCUCCCUCUCAAUUAGAAAUGUGGCUUUCAGGGCUCUACAUGGAGGAUGCGACGCAGAACAACGUCGUCCUUUCCUAUCGGGUUCGAGGUACAUUUCAGCCUGCACGGUUCGAAAGAGCCUUGACCCAGGCUGUGGCGCGCCACGAGUCAAUGCGAACCGCCUUCUUUGCCGAUCCCGCGAGCGGAGACUUGUUGCAAGCGGUAUUAGAGCAGCCCCUGCCAUUCUUCGAACACGUCACGACAUCUGAUCCGGCGCUUGUAUCACAAGAGUUUUCCAGUGCUGCCUCUCGGAAGUGGGACCUGGAGCACGGAGAGACAUUUCGGGCUACAGUAGUCUCUGUCUCCCCGGAUCAGCAUACGGUGAUCUUCAGUUACCAUCAUAUCAUCAUGGACGGGGUUAGCUGGGCUGUCUUCCUGCGAGAUGUCAGUAGUUUCUAUGAAUCAGCCACCCCUCGGUCGGAUCCCAGCCAGUAUAUCGAAUAUGCUGUGCUGCAGAAUCGAGCCAUCCGCGAAGGGUCCUUCGUCCGGGAGCUUGACUACUGGAAGCAGGAGCUUUUGCCACUGCCAGAUGUGAUGCCCCUGCUUCCCAUGGCGCGAGUUAAAUCCAGGUCGCCGACGGAUAACUUCACAGCACAUGCAACAUCACGAGAGAUUGGAAAGGAUUUGGCGGAUAGGAUUCGAAAGUCAAGCCAAACGCUCCGCGGGACGGCGUUCCAUUUCUAUCUUGCCACCAUGCAGGUCCUCUUCGCGCGACUGCUGAACAUCGAGCAGAUGUGCAUCGGCAUGAGCGACGCCAACCGUACGAAUGACCAAUUUCGUGAAACUGUCGGCUAUUUCGUCAAUAUUUUGCCCCUCCGCCUGUGUGUCGGUGCCGAUGAUCGAUUCGCGCAGGUCUUCCAGCGGACAUCGCAAAAGGUGCUCUCGGCAUUAUCGUAUUCCGCGGUGCCCUCAAGUGCUGUCCUCGAUAGCCUCACCGUCCCACGAACAGCUACCCACACACCGCUUUUCCAGGUUGCAAUCAACUAUCGCGUCGAUGAGAUAACUCGAAUGUCCGUGGCGGAUUUUGAGCUCGAGUAUGACCGUAGCGUUAUGGGCAAUGCCCCCUACGAUGUGUCCUUCCAUAUCACACCCAGAGCAUCCGGCACCUGCAUAUUGGAGAUCAUCUGCCGGGAUUACCUGUACACGCAGGAUGCUGCAGAAUCGCUCCUCUCUCUGUAUGUGAAACUCAUUGAGCAAUUUUCUUUUGAUUCGUCGUUGCCCGUUCACGAGUGUACAACCUCGCUGUAUUCACCGGCUCAGGAAAACCAUGAUAACUGUCUAUCAAUCAGACGUGGUCCGCGAUUCUCGCAUUCUUGGCCGGUGACCUUGCCCGGUAGAUUCCAAAUGAUGGUCGAGAUGUUCGGGGAAAACCUGGCCAUCGUAGAUCAGGCCGGACAGUACAGCUACGCGCAGCUGGCCGCUCACACCAGCCGGAUCGCCAACGUCUUGCGGAGCAGAGGAGUGGGCGACAAGUCGUAUGUAGCUGUCUUGUGCGAGCCUUCAUUUCAGGCGGUGGCGAGUUUGCUUGCCAUUCUUCACAUCGGAGCUAUUUACGUUCCUCUGGAUUUAAGUAUCCCUGCAGCAAGACAUGCGGCGAUGAUUGAAGCUUCAGAGGCCGGUGUCAUCAUCUGUUCUCCUUUCACCUUUGAGAAAGCACAAGAACUGGCGCGUACGACGCCUGGUAUGGUGGUUGUUGAUGCAGUGGAAGAGGCACGCUCCACGGAUGCGCCCAUAGAGCAUCGGGGCACUGGGGCAGAACCAUCAAUCCUUCUAUACACAAGCGGCUCAACAGGCCGUCCCAAGGGAGUCAUCUUACAGCAAGCCGGGCUCAUCAAUUACCUGGCCGCAAAGGCGGACGAACUCUCCCUCGACAAUACAAUCACCGUGCUGCAGCAGAGCUCGCUGGGAUUCGACAUGGGCCUGGCACAGACCCUCAACGCCAUCAUGAAUGGUGGCAAACUGAUUAUCGUGCCCCAAUUAUCCCGUGGCGAUCCUGUGGAGCUCGCUAAACUGAUCCGCAAGGAGAAAGUGAGCUUCACGCUGGCCACUCCGUCUGAGUAUCUAGUAAUCCUGCAACAUGGUGGGGAGUAUCUACGGGACUAUGGCCUCUGGAGACAUGCGUGCCUUGGCGGCGAGCCCUUCACGGAUCGCCUGAAACAGGAGUUUGCUCAGCUCGGCGCACGCUGCCCAAUCGUCCAGGAUUCGUACGGUGUGACAGAAAUUUCCGCGUGCACGACGUUCCAGACUAUGACCGCGUCCCAGUUAGAGAACACUUAUAGCGUUGGCAGGACAAUCCCCAACACAUCUAUCUACAUAUUAAAUAAAGAGGGCAACCCCGUUGAUAUCGGAUCGCCCGGUGAAAUCUGCAUUGGUGGCGUUGGCGUCGCUCUCGGUUAUUUGAACCCGGACCAAGCUCAGCUGAAGAAAUUCGUUGACGAUCCUUUCGCGUUGCAGGAGGAUAUCUCACGAGGCUGGACUCGAAUGUACCGUACAGGCGACAGGGGUCGUCUGCUGGAUAAUGGAUCGUUGAUUCUGCUCGGCCGCAUGGAUGGAGACACGGAGAUUAAGCUUCGCGGGCUCCGUAUUGACUUGGAGGAUGUCGCAUCAACUCUGGUCAAUAGUGCCUCAGAUCUGCUGUCGUCGGCAGUUGUCUGUGUCAAGGGGAAGGGUGACGAGGCUGUACUCGUUGCCUAUGUCGCUCUUGUUCCAGGGCGGAUGGCCACCGACGAGGAGCUUCAGCAUCUCGCAGGCAGUCUCCCCUUGCCGCAGUACAUGUGUCCGGCCUUCGUGGUGCGCCUAGACUAUAUGCCGCGGAAUCCAAACGGGAAAAUCGAUAGAAAGGCAAUUGAAGCCCUGCCCCUCCCAUGUGCAAGUACGAGUACCAGCAUCUCUACCAUCUUCAGUAGCCAGGUCAACAAACGAGACGGUACAAGCACUGGCGGUCCGUCGUCCGUCCCGCGACUGCUGACCCUGGACGAAGGGGAAGUGAAACUUCUGUGGCAGUCAAUUCUGCCGGGCAGCCCAUCCGUGUAUCCCCAUUCGGACUUUUUCAUGCUCGGCGGGAACUCGCUGUCGUUGGUCAAACUGCAAGCUGCAAUUAGAACGUCAAUCGGUGUGGCCGUAACGCUGCGGGAGCUGUAUGCCGGCAGCACGCUUGCCAGCAUGGCGUCUUUGAUCGGUACCAGAAAGGCCGAGAAUCCCUCGGCAGCCAUCAACUGGCUACAGGAAACGGCCGUGCCUGAUAGCGUUCUUCAUGCGACGACGGCGGAUAUGCCUCAACUGUCCCGCAAAGCCGGGUACGAGAUCCUCCUGACUGGAUCGACAGGUUUUCUCGGAGCGACACUCCUACAAGCACUGCUGGACAUACCUGCCGUCCUCCGAGUCCACUGUAUAGCCGUGGAGAAGGGACAGGAGACACUUCUUCCCAACGAUGACAGGGUCCCUGUGUACCACGGCAGUCUCCUGGACCCAAAUCUAGGUCUGUCUCCGGCCGAGAUCGACAACUUACAAACUCGAAUCCACGUCAUAAUCCAUGCCGGUUCCAACGGCCACUGUUUGAACAGGUACAGCUCCCUACGCGCGCCAAAUCUCUUCUCCACACACUUUCUCGCCACCUUCGCCCUGCGCAGCGGGAUCCCGCUUCACUACGUCUCAUCGGGCCGCGUCAUCUUACUUUCUGGGCGGACGUCCCUCGGGCCGAUCUCGGUCUCCGCGUCAUACCCACCGGUAGACGGCUCGGAGGGUCUUACAGCGACAAAAUGGGCGAGUGAGGUAUUCCUUGAGCGACUUCUGCAACAGGUCCAGGGCAGCUCGGCCAUACCUGUGUAUAUCCAUCGCCCCUGCACUGUUAUCGGUGAGAACGCACCGCAACAUGACGCGCUAAACUCGCUCCUGCGCUACUCGCGUAGUCUGGGUGCGACCCCGCAGCUGAACAAUAUGGAUGGGUAUCUGGAUUUCCAGCAGGUGGAAGUUGUUGCAGAAAAGAUGGCCUCGCGGAUCAUGACUAGUCUCGAUGUGUCUGCGCCUAUCGGGUCUGUUACCUUCUUUCAUUACUCGAGUAACGUUAAGGUCCCGGUGAAGAGCUUUAAAGAAUAUAUGGAGAAGGUACAUAAUCAGCCGUUUGGGGAGCUUGCGCUGAGUGAUUGGUCUGUCAGGGCAAUAGAGCUGGGGAUCGAGCCGCUAAUUCCGUCGUUCCUGGAAGCGGUGGCAGAGAAUGAAGAGAUCAUGCUCUUCCCGUAUUUAGGGGAGUGAAGAAUGAUUCUAGUGGG